ACGACGAUCAUUAUUCGUACCAGCUGACAAAGGGAAAGCCGACACCAGUGCCCUGAGGGACAGUAAAAAACGUACAACACUACUGAUACGACAAAUAGCCAUGGCAAACGACGGAAAAGGUCCGGGCGAGAGAAAGCGAUCUCCYCAUCUGCUGUCCUCGGUCGCGAGAUCGAAUUCAUCCUCGACACGGGUGGCAUCAGGGGGAUCGACAUCGCCAUCGACAUCGCCAUCGACAACCACUCUGUACCACCCGUCGAUUUUCCGAUACACGUGCACRGGAAAACUCGCCCUAGAUUCUCGAAACGGUGGCCAGAGCAAGGCUUCCGCUGGUGUGUGCCACGGGAUCCAAUCCAAGCUGGAGCACAUCGAUCACUGGAGGCUUUCCACGAGGGAAGAAGCCAUCAAGCAAUUCGAGUACAAGAGUGCCAUGGACUACAGCAGCGGCGCGCCGGAAGACGAUUACUACAACUCGGGUGGCGACCAGGCGGGUGCCUCGUCGGCUCAUGCCGAGCAGGCCGUGUACCUCUCCAAUGUACUGCUCUAUCCACCGCCUCCGCCGUCGAGUGGCAGCGGGACGGACGACGACGAGGCGGAGGACGGGAAGGACGGCCGGUCCAAAAGRAUAGAARCAAUGACAAUGACCUCUAGAAAAAACUCGGAUGGUUCCACAACCAUACGACCGAAAGAAGACAAGAUUGACUGCUACGGGUCGACAGAGGUAGAUCUCUUGGUGCUGCGACCACAGAACGCCAAGGACGAAAGCAUCGCGGGGGUUGCUUCCUUCUGUGCACCCGGGAUGACGSUUCGCGACGUGGCUAUAUCGCCUACCAACAUCGGAAUCGGUUCCGAAACGGGAGGGCGGGAGCGAACGACGACGAUUCGGCUGGGGAUACUGGAAAUCGUUUACGCUUCGGUUUUGGAGGGACUGGAGGAGGACGAACCCGGCAACAAGGACGACGACAAGAACCAGGGGCCGAACACCGCGAAUGCCGACCCCGACCAAAAAUCCGGCCCAGGGGUGGGGGAGCCUUUGUCAAAGGGAUGGCUUUUCUCGGGAGCACCGGAGCGGUUCGUGUCUUCGGGGGAGAAGAUCCUGAAACACAUGMGCAUCAACGGAAAACUCUUGUACAAUUCCGUUCAGGACGACUUUCCCACGCGGACCUACGAGGCAAGCAAGCGCGUCACGAACGAAUUCCACAAAACGUGGGACCGGACGACCGGGUUGAUGAAAAAAGUAGCUUCCUUUGCUCUCUUUGGAGAGGAUUGGGACGACGACGAYAAUGACGAAUAACGUUGCACCGAGCGCUACGGCGCGGAUGCUACUUGUGCUUUCGKGGCGGCCGUCGCUCUCGAGUCGCAACUGAGAUGGAAAUCCCAUCGGGUUUUCAUUGGAAACAGAUUGUCUUGCUGCUUUGUUUUCCAUCUCCCUUUGAAAGAACAGCCGGCGUGACAGCCUCCAGCAAUUCGGGAUGCAAGCAACGGACGCCCUAGUCGAAUCCAGAAAGGACAUACAGAGUCAGAAGUUCGAGAUCUUGUGCAGAUGAAAGAGGAAACAAGUGAUCCAAAGUACUUGUAGACUUUUUGGACCAAAUCGAGGGCAUUYACUWUUGUUCUUUGCUAUAUUUUGUGAUCCGGAACGCUAUACCAUGCUCUUGUCUACAUUGUUAAUGAUAUA